CGAAAAUCGACUAAUUAAUAAAAGCACACAACUUAUCUGAUAGGAAAUAUUUUUUUAAUCCAAUUAAAUUCAGCUCUUGAUUGAGAUCUAAUUAGGUCGAAUUGUUUGAAAGUCAAAAAUAAUAUUCCUGGGGGAGAAGGAAUCUUCAAGGCAGAGUCACACUGCUUAACUGGUGGAAUAUGGAUGCGGAACACAUCAAAUAUUUAAAUGAUAAAAGGACUGACAAAUUUCCACAAGUCCUACAAAAAUUCAACGAAGAGAAUGCAAACUUAUUUCAGUUCGAGAAAUUUCACAAAAAUGAUGUAUGGGUUAAUUUGUGGAAAGCCGUUUUCUCCAUUUUAAAUGAUAAUAACAUGGAACAGUAUCAUAUUGAAUGUCUGAACACCAUCCGGAUUUUAUCUCGUGAUGAGUCGAGUCUAUGUAACAAUAAUAUUGUGCCAGACGUGGGAUGCUUGCUUAAACUAGCCCACUUGGCUUUGGGCACCUCUACAAUAUCGACUGCCACCACCCCAGACACUGAUCUUUCUUUUAAUGUGGACAUUGUUGUCGAGGCUCUGAAAUGUUUGUGCAAUCUUGUUUUUCAAAACCCCGAAGUCAGGCGAGAGUGUGCACGCCAAAAUGUUGUUGAUCUUAUAUUCCAACGGCUGUCUUCGUCUUCACAAACAGAAUCUUCCAUAGAGUUUUUCGAUAUGAAACUCUUAUUUUUGAUAACUGCGUUGGACAUCACGGUAAGAAGUCGGGUUUUAAUUGAAUUGAAUGGAUUGACAUAUUUGACAGAGGUUUUGGAUGAGAAGCUAAGGAGCAUUGCUGAUUUUAGUGAUAAACAAUUUGAUAUUCUGGUCGAAUUGCUUAAGGUAAUGUUUAAUAUAACCUCCAGCACAGACAAAAGUCCCAGUGAGAAUGAAAUUCAAAGUUUACACUUGACCAGUGUAGUUCGUGAACUUCUUUUACGUUUUGGCGAGAUGAAAACCAAUCGGGAACGUUCAGUUGUUUCCCAUUCCAUUGAUCUAUUGACAAAUAUCUCCAGUAGCUGCCUUAGUGAACUUAUGAUAAAAUGUGAGGGUACAGCAGUUACGGAAGGCAAUCGUCGAAUAUAUGAAAAUCGAAAUGUUACAGCUUUAGACAGCAUUUUGCGCUAUCUUCAUUACGUAUUGGAGGACAACGAGAAGAAUUCUUCCACACACAAGGAGCUAGUGCAGCCAGUAUUAGCGAUAUUGGUGAAAUGUGUUUCGAGCAAUCCAAUAAUGAGGCACUAUGUGCGUAGUGUUAUACUACCACCUCUCAAGGACGUCUACACCAGACCCGAAGAGGGCAAUGAGUUGAGAAACUACUUGUGUCGCCUUCAAGCCACUCCGAAUUUGGUGGUGAGAAAUCUAACGUACGAACUGCUACUGUUGUGUUGCAAGAAGAGCCAAGGUCGUCUCAUAAAAUAUUUUGGUUAUGGCAAUAUGGCUGGGCUAUUCGCAAACGCUGGUCUAAUGAACGGUAGAAAAGCUGAAAAUCUAGAAUUUUCCUCAGAUAGUGAGAACAGCGAUACCGAAGAAUAUAACAAAAUGGAGCACGCCAUCAAUCCUGUGGUGGGAUGUUAUACGCCUCCCGCUCCCAACCCCCUAAAGGAUAUGUCGGAGGAACAGAAGGAACACGAAGCCGAAAAAUUGGUUAAUUUAAUUGAUCAACUGGACCGUUAUGGCAUCAUAAAACCGUGCCGUAUAAAUUCCGAAGGUAAACCAGAGCCGGUUGAACAUGUUUUGCAGCUUCAAGAGGAAUUGCCACAACAACAACAACAAGUACACCAGAAAGGUAAUAAAUAGAAAUGAUUAGUCAAUGACUGAAUUUGAGCUGUACAUUGUUUCCUACUAAAUACAAUAAUUACUCAUUGUUGUGGCGAUGAUGAUAUAUACAUUUUCCAAAUAUGUAUACACGAGUGCAUGUGAUCGUUUUAAAUAAGAUUGGCUUUUGGUGUUCUCUCUGCCGACGAAGACUCUCACUCCAGCCUGAUAUAGAAAAUUAUCUAAACAAAAAAGAAAAAUACUGAUGAUAAUAAACGAAUACUAAACUAAAAUAUUAAAUAUAUAUAACGUAA